AUGAGAGGACAUGAUGAGAUGAUCAACCUCACUUCAUUCAGAGGCCAAUACUCUGCCUCUCCAGCACUCAAUGGUGGAGACAACCGUCAGUACACUAUAGAGGACAAUGGUAGUCAUGACCUAAAUGGAGUGACCUCGUGUGGCUCUGCUGUGCUCUCUGGAUAUGAUGCACUAGAUUCUCUACCUAGUUAUGACUUUUAUGCCAACACAGAGGGUUUUGAGAGAAUGAAAAAAUUACAACCCUCUCUCUUUCAACUUCACUCCAACCAGGAGGUAGAUGGUACUCGAUCAUGUUGGCUCCCACCUCUGUAUGAGGAGAUGAGUGGUAACAAAGAGAACCCUGAUGAUGAAGAGCCUGCAGAACCUCCUCCAGAGCCCACUCUCUGGGCGCAGGGGGUCAUGAUUCGCUGUAUGCUCAACUUCUGGGGAGUGAUUCUGUACCUGAGGCUUCCUUCGAUCACAUCUCAAGCUGGAAUUGGUUUGACUUGGAUUAUUAUCCUGCUUUCCUCCUGCAUCACUGGGAUCACUGGCCUCUCUACCUUUGCUGUUGCUACCAAUGGCAAAGUCAAAGGAGGUGGCACUUAUUUCCUGAUCUCACGCAGUUUGGGUCCAGAGCUGGGAGGAUCCACUGGACUGAUGUUUGUGUUUGCUAAUGCAGUGGCUGUAGCUAUGCACACUGUAGGCUUUGCUGAGACUGUACAAGUGCUAAUGCAGGAGAAUGGAACAAGCAUUGUAGACCCCCUCAGUGACAUCCGCAUCAUUGGUGUCACCUGUCAGCUGGCAAUUUCUUUCGCUGGUAUGAAGUGGGAGUCCAAGGCCCAGGUUUUGUUCUUCUUGGUUAUCAUGGUUUCCUUCGCAAACUACAUUGUUGGUGCCAUCAUCCCUGCCACUCCUCAGAAGCAAGCUAAAGGCUUCUUCAGCUACAGAGUGGAUAUUUUUGCAGAAAACUUCGUGCCCAGCUGGCGCGGGCCAGAAGGCAGCUUCUUUGGCAUAUUCUCCAUCUUCUUUCCCUCAGCCACAGGCAUUCUUGCAGGAGCCAAUAUCUCUGGAGACCUGAAGGCAAGACCCACAAUGCUGGUCAUUUUCUGGACCACCAUAUCUUAUCUCAUCAUCUCUGCAACCAUUGGCUCAUGUGUAGUGCGUGAUGCUUCUGGUAAUCUCAGUGACACUCUUAUCACUGGAUCUGAUGGUGAGGACUGCCUGGGGACUGCCUGUAAAUAUGGCUGGAACUUUUGUGACUGCACUGCCAACAAGAUCUGCACUUACGGUAUGGCCUUACAUCUUUGCAAGGACAAGUUGUAUCCAGGGAUUGACUUUUUUUUUUUUGGAAAGGCCUACGGAAAGAACGAUGAGCCAUACAGAAGCUCUCUUUUAACGUACAUCAUUGCUGUCAGCUUCAUUCUCAUUGCUGAGCUGAAUACUAUUGCUCCUAUCAUCUCCAACUUUUCCCUGCACUCAAUCAACUUCAGCUGUUUCCAUGCCUCCAUCACCAGCUCUCCAGGUUGGCGUCCCUCAUUUCGGUUUUACAGCAACUGGCCGUCUCUAGUGGGCGCUGUGGUGUCAGUGGUCAUCAUGUUCUUGCUUACCUGGUGGGCCUCUCUCAUUGCCAUUGGGAUAGUGCUCUUCCUAUUGGGAUACAGAACAGGUUGA